GUCGGUAUAGUAUUGGGAAAUUUAUUAAAUAGUAAAAAUGGAACACAAACGCUUUGUGUGUAUUUUUUUUAUUGUAAUCGGCGCUGCAUUUAUUCAGUGUUCUGACAAGGACACUGGUGCCGUACUCAUCCACGCUACUGCUAAUUCAUCCGUCCCCUCAAUUGAAUACAUCGUUGAUGCAGUGGAAUUGUUUAAAACAGCCUAUGAAAUUUACCCAGACGAUGAAAAUAGGGCGAAAGCUUAUAUACAACUUUACGGGGAAAAGUACAACGAAACUACAUGGAACGUAGUAACCUGUUACACCAGUUUGAUAAUUAACGCAAAACAUUAUGUAGAGUUGUCCGUUACCCACGGAAAAACCAAAUCAGAUUCUAAACCCUGCUUGGUUAUGCUAUUUUCGAGAGAAAACAAUCUGGAAAGAAAGAAACUCCCUUUGAAAGCCCCGGUGGCGAAAGCAUUAAAUGUCGAAAAGUUGAUGAAAGAAAUUAUGAAAGAAAAUAUGGAAUAUUAAUAAUUUAUUAGUUUUAAUGUAUAUUUGUGCUAUUUUUAAUAAAUAAAACUAAAACUUAU